CCGCAAACAGCCGACCGCUUACUUUUUUCCCGGCGGACCAUUCUCGUCUCGACUUAGAGUAUGGCACAUACAAAUGGAUCCAUCCGUGGAUCCUGGUAUCCCACCCGACCUAAAAACCAGCCCACUCGGACUUGUUUUGAGUUUGACUCCAUAGAGGACGCCCUGGAAGCCUUUGCACGGGGCGAACCAAUCAUUGUUAUGGACGACGAGGAUAGAGAAAACGAGGGCGACAUCAUCAUGUCUGCGAACAUGUGUACUACAGAGAUCAUGGCUUGGAUCAUCAAGCAUACAAGUGGAUUUGUUUGUAUCGCUCUUCCCCAACAGCGUCUCGAUGAACUGGAGAUUCCGAUGAUGGUUGCAAAUAACAAUGAGCGGUACAGGACAGCCUAUGCCCUCACGGUGGAUUACAAGCAUGGUACAACCACUGGCAUAUCCGCCAGUGACCGUUCCUUGACGGCACGAAAACUAGUCGACAACCGUGCCAUAGCCAGUGACUUUGCGCGACCAGGUCACAUGGUUCCAUUGCGUGCAUGCGAUGGAGGCGUCUUCGUACGUAGAGGUCACACGGAAUGUAGUGUUGACCUAUGCAUGCUGACUGGGCAUCCUCUUGGAGGAGUCUUGUGCGAGCUCGUAAAUGAUGAUAUAAAAGGAACUAUGGCUCGUCGGGACGAGUGUAGGGCUUUUGCAGACUUGUGGGGCCUCAAGAUGAUCAGUGUGGAAAUGGUUGUAGGGUACAGGAAGUUCAUCGCAAAUGUACCACCGGUAAACCCACAAAACACCUAGUUGUUCUUAAUGACUCAGAUUUUGCCACUGAGAGGAGCAGGAGUACCUGAAGGUUCUGGGAGUGACUUGGGG